AUGAAUCCCAAAUUUACGACAGAUCUCAACGGGAAAAAGUGUGUAAAAUGUGAUUUAGAAGCACACUUCACUGGUGAGGACUUAAUUUGAACAUGGAAAAAAUAAAUUCUUCAGGCGUUGAUCCAAAAAAAGCCUGGUACUGCAAGGAGUGCUUCAUUCAGAUGGUUAGAAACAAGUUCAGAUCGGCGCUCAGUAAAAAGAAGAUUUUUAAGGUUUGAACUUGUCUUGUUUGUAAAAGUAACAAUGAUUAUUAGGAUGCAGAAGCUCGAGACACGCUCGUGGUCUACGACGGAAGCCCGUCUGCGACAUUCCUUCUGAAUCAAAUCAACGAUGCAGUGAACCAAAUCACGUACAAACGGCUUAUGAUCCAGCCAACAGUAAUAAAGUUAAUCGAAUCAGAAACGAAUUCGGAAUUUUUAUAGAUUCUUGUUCUGGUCUCAGUCACCGACGAUGAUGCCAUCCAGAUGGUCAUGAACAGAGUCCAGGAGAUCAAAAAAGAGCUUGUGACCAAAGCUCGAUGGAUUGUGGCCCACGUGGCAUACUGCAUGUACUCCGGCUCGAGCAAAGAGCUUUCAGUACUAGAAGACUCUGUUUGCAACGGAUUGGAAAAUAUCGGCGAUUACACAAGCCUCCUCGGUUCUUGCUCGGUUCCGACGUAUCGCAAAGAGCUUGAAAGGAUUUUGAAAGAGAAAUGUUUGUUAAAAAUUGGAAGUUCGCUUGGAAUAUCAAAGUGCAUGGUUCCGGACGAUGCCGAUGACCUCGGACGGCUGGCACUCAAUCAGUUAUGUCUCGGCAGGGGUAAGUAGCGGCGUCGUUCAAGGUUGAAAAAGGAAAUGGAAAAAUCUUAGGAGGUUCCCUGUCGAAAUUGGUGUCGGCUGUGGACAAAAGGACGAAUUGCAUGUUCAUCCGACCGCUGCUUGAUGUUUCGAAAAAGGAAAUUGCCGUCUACAACUAUUUGUGCGAAGUUGACAAGUUUUGUGUGCAACUCAAGGAAAGGAACGAGCCGAAAUCGGUUCAGACCCUCACUGACAACUUCAUUCGUACUCUGGAAGCUGAGAAGUUCUAUGUAGGUGCAAAAACUGGGAGCUUAGCUUAGAAAUCCCGUGUUUCAGUCCACCAUCAACACGGUUAUGAGCACAGCGGCCAAGAUUCACAGCAAUGGAGCGGACGGAACUCCUUCAAGGUGUUCUUUGUGCCACGUGGAAUCGGAGCCCUUAUGCGCUACUUGUUCAGCAAUUCGAAAUGUAUGUAA